CAGUCGAUUGUGCUGUUUGGUUUAACGUGCUCCAUCGCAGAUUGAAUGUGUUCAGGAUGCUAACAGUAAAGCAACAAAAGCCGCCUACGGACUCUAGGACGUACUGCGCAUUGGUUCCUUGGGUGUUUGUGCCGCGUCUGACGCGAUGCACAUUCAGGCUCUCAAGUCACUGUCUUGUUGCAACCACCAUGCUGUACGCGCUCCAUCAAAUUACGACCCGGACUCGCGCUCUGUCACCCCUGUCCUCUCAUGACUCAACCCUUCAAGAUCUCUGCGGAUUAGGCGUGAUCUUCGCGACUCUUGCGGACUGA